UCAAACUAUAUUUUCAUACGCUUCCAGAAACUCGAAAAAAUUAGUCAUCUCCACAAACUUACACAUGUGACAUGAAACAGUAUAAAUAGAUAAAAAGUUAAUGAAAGCCGCAUCAAAGGCGGCGCCUUUGAUGCCAAAUCGGAUCCAUUAUAAGAACAUCCACCGCACUAUUUCAAACAUUAUUCCGUUAUGGAAAAUUUGUAAUUAAGAUACAUCACUUAUCUGAAAAUUGAACAUAAUCCAAUUAAACCAACGAGGAAAACUGUUUCAAAUAUUCAUACUUAAAUAAAUACAAUUUACGAAGUCCGAUCCAGAAAACAAAAUUGAGAAAAAUGGGUAAAUGUGACCACGUAAUUUUGAUGGCUAUAUUAGCCAUCAUAUUUUUAAUUGGGGAUAUUUUGUCGUUUCAAAGUCAAGAUCCUCUUGUCUCGGAUCGUAAUCUACUAGAAACUCGCUUGUCCGCAAAAAUCCGCAAAUUGGUUCAGGACAUUAAAACUUCGACUGACCUUCCUGCUGUCGGAAUUGACUUACGGUUUUUCGUUCCAUAUUACUAUGAGUGGCUGGUAGUUUCUAUAAUUGGGUACACUGGAUCUUGGUCGCACCAUUUGCUUGGGUCAUCGGCGAUAGAGGAUGAUUUCACCAUAGAAUUCAUUAAUGUUGAAGGCGACUUUUUAGCGAAACUAAGAAUUCAGGCUUCUCGACUCAAAGUUCAGGGGAAAUAUCAAACCGAUCUAAGAAAUGUUCCCACUUUUCGGACCACACCGAACAUGACAUUCGAUGGGAACGGACGAUACGACAUGUCGCUUAACUCGUUUGAUUUUUUUCUUCAAGUCGAAGGACGAGCUCCUCCCGUUGGAAAUGUGUCCAUUAGUUCAGCCAAGAUUUCUAUUGAUUUCAAAAAUCCUGACGUCCAUUUUACAAAUCUUUCACUAAUCAGUCAUGGGCGUACUGGUUUUACUGAGAUAACCGAGUGGGUUCGUACCGUCGAAUCCAUCCAAGACAUCCAUACUUAUUUUUGGUGGGACUGGAAGGACGCGGCCAAUUUCGUUGAAAUAGAUAAUCUUGUAAAUGAAAUGACCAAGUGCGUCUUGCAAAAUUUCUAUCGAGAUUGCAGUCUAAUGGAUCUAAUACAUUCAGAUGAAUGCAUCAAAUCUCAGAUUGAAUUGAGCUGUCUAAACACCAAUGAACUUCAAGUGUUUUUACCGGACUUAAACGACGACCAGAACGGAAUUAAUGUUCAAUCAGUUCCUUCAAGUUCAAUUUCAAAUAAAGUGAAUGGGCUUCAUCACGCGGAAGUUGCAGAUGAUGACCACGUCGAAUUUAGACUACUUAACACACAAAUCAGCUAUCCCACAGUGAAAAAUCUUGCAAGUCGAUUCGCUGCAACUUUUCAACCUGAUGGAAGCGCACUUUCGAGUCAACCUGAUCACUUCGUUUCAUCUGCAGCUUUGAUCAAUCUGGAGGAACCUAUCAACCUUCCCGACAGCGACACACAAGUGAUAUAUCGAAAUCAAGACUCGGACUCAUUCGGCGGGUUUCUAAGAAUCAGAAACUCGACAGCUAUUGGAUUCGAUGGACAGGAGAAUAUCUUUACAGAAUUUCUCGACGAAAAUGGAACAUUUAUUGCAAACUACUCAAUAACAUUUCCACUUUUAGUCGUCGGUGGAUUCUAUGAGACUGAUUUGGCAUUAUACAAAGGAUGGGAAGGUUAAGGCAAACUUUUUGGAAUUGGAAAUUAUAAUUGGGAACUAAAAAACGUGAGCUUAAAGAUUAGUGCGAAGGGACUAGCACCAAUUGACGGAGCAUCGAAGAUCACGGUGUCCAAUGUCAGCGUGGAGAUGUCGCAUGAAAAUCACUAUACUCGCCAGGGACUCAACUUCACAAACAUGACGAGUGAGCUGUGGUCCUACAAUGGCACGUUGGGAAGGCACGUCCGUCCUUACAAUUGGCGCCAGGUGAUCCAACAGCAUUACUUUCUUUUGGAGGAUUUCUUUUAUAAUGUUCGUUACACCCGACCUCCUUACCAAGAUACGUUCAAGGACUCUGUAGCACAACAGUUGCAGUGUGCUCUCAAUUACACGCUAAACGGUUGUACAAUUCUGGAAUUACUGUUUUCAAGGGACUGUCUCCGAGUGGAAAGAAACGAUGAAUGUUUUGGUGGACCCUCAAUGUCGGUGGCACCUUUGACGACAAUUUACACCACUGCAAUGUCUACGGUUGAAAGUACCACCACAAACGCCCCAAUAAAGACAUCCACCCCGUCAGAGUCAACUUGGAUUACUAAGAUUUCAUCCACGGUUGGACACUCAACCACAACGCAAAGGCCGGAAUUACCGGAUAAUGCCGGCCUACUCCUAAAUCAAACCCAAAUCUUGCUCGACCAGACACAAUUAUUGCUUCGGUUGGUGCAGGCAGAAUUGUCGUCAACCUGAAAUCCAGACGCACAAAGUACAGGAAAGUUAAAUGAGCUGAAAUCUAAUAAUUAAUUGAAUGGACUAAUAAUUUGUUGAUGAGUAUUAUAAAUACAUGUUUAAAUUUAAGUUAGAUAAACUGAUAACCAAAAAUUUGGUAUGUGAAUUCUUCCUUAUUCCAUGUUUAUAAAGCAACAAGGGUUUCAAAAAUUGUUAUUUCAAAUUAAAUUGGUUUUACAAUAACGAUUGUGUGGAAUCUAGUUCAGUCGAAUGUAUUAUAAAUAAAAUAAAUAUGAACAAUUCAUGCUUUCA